AUGGCAGAAUUUGAAGAUAAAGACGCAGACAAGAAUGUGGAAAUUUGGAAGGUCAAGAAGUUGAUUAAGAGUAUGGAGAAGGCAAAGGGUAAUGGUACCUCGAUGAUCUCUUUAAUUAUGCCACCAAAAACACAGAUUCCUAUGACACAGAAGAUGUUGACAGAUGAGUAUGGUACUGCCUCAAACAUUAAGUCAAGAGUUAACAGACUAUCUGUUUUAUCGGCUAUUACUUCUACGCAACAGAAAUUGAAGUUAUUCAGUACUGUGCCAAAGAAUGGAUUGGUGCUUUACUGUGGUGAAGUGAUCACUGAAGAAGGUAAAGAAAAAAAGAUGACGAUUGCCUUUGAGCCUUUCAAACCGAUCAAUACCUCUUUGUACUUGUGCGAUAACAAGUUCCAUACGGAACCUUUAUCUGAAUUGUUGGAGAGUGAUGACAAAUUUGGAUUUAUCAUUAUGGAUGGUAAUGGAGCAUUAUUUGGAUCUGUCUCUGGUAACACCAGAGAAGUGUUACACAAAUUUACUGUGGAUCUUCCAAAGAAGCAUGGUAGAGGUGGUCAAUCUGCUUUACGUUUUGCCAGAUUAAGGGAUGAAAAGAGACACAACUACAUCAGAAAGGUUGCAGAGGUUGCCGUUCAGAACUUCAUUACUAACGAUAAGGUCAACGUUGCCGGAUUGAUCUUGGCUGGUUCUGCCGAUUUCAAGACUGAAUUGGACAGAUCCGACUUGUUCGAUCCAAGGUUACAAGCAAAGGUGAUCAAGAUUGUCGAUGUUUCUUACGGUGGCGAGAACGGCUUCAACCAGGCCAUUGAGCUUUCCGCAGAAACUUUAUCCAAUGUGAAGUUUAUUCAGGAAAAGAAGUUGAUCAACCAGUACUUUGAGGAGAUUUCCCAGGAUACCGGUAAGUUCUGCUAUGGUAUUAGUGACACACUCAAGGCUUUAGAAUUGGGUGCCUGUGCAGUGGUUAUUGUCUGGGAAGGCUUGGAUACCAUUAGAUACACAUUGAAGGAUGCCGAUGGUAAUGAAAUCAUAAAAAAUAUUGCACCUAAAACUCCUAAGGAGGAGUUCCUAAUAGAUAAGGAAGGACAGGAGAUGGAGAUCAUCAGUGACAUGCCAUUCCUAGAGUGGUUAGCUGAACAUUACAAAGAUUUCGGCGCUACUUUGGAGUUUGUCACUGAUCGUUCCUCUGAAGGUGCUCAAUUUGUGAAGGGUUUCGGUGGUAUCGGUGCUAUGUUAAGAUAUAAGGUCAAUUUUGAGCAAUUAGUCUCAGACGAUGAGGAUGAAUACUACAGUGACAGUGACGAAUACUGA